GAUGGAGUUUUCUCCCUCCCUCCCUCAGCGGGGCGGACAAUAGAGCGCGCUGGCUGGCGCACCUCCGUGCGCACACAUUCACAGAGUGGAGUCUAAACUCGGUCAAAGACUGAGAGGUCCGACUUUAGGCAAACGAUUCAGCUUAAAGACGCGUUCAGGGGCCGACACUCUGAGGAAUAUAACCUCUUUUUUAGUUGCUUUCUUGCACCCGAUGGAGGAAUAAACAGUUUUUUUGUUUUUCUACAAAUGGGAAUUACAUGCGCGUGUGAAAGUUUGGCUCACUUUUCCCUUCUGUGAUUGUCAGAUCCGUUUUCGCUCACAAACAUGCCGGAGCAAAUAAGCAUUUCGGACUUUGUGGUCCUGACAAACGAGGAUCUGUCUUCGCCCGGGACUUCAAGUUUUCAGUCCAAAAUGAGCGACUGUCGCAACACAGUCUCAACCUUGGAGGAGUCUCUGGAGAUGGACCACACAACUCUACAGAGGAUGAAGAAGAUGAUCAAAAAUAUACACACUUCUGGACUCUCCCAUGUGGAUAACAAGGAGCUGUACAUUGAGGUCCUGGAAAACCUGGGGAAUAGCCACCUGACCCAGGACAACAAUGAAGUCUCCACAGGCUUCCUCAACCUUGCUGUGUUUACCAGAGAGGUCACAGCCCUCUUCAAAAAUCUGGUACAAAAUCUCAACAACAUCAUGGCGUUUCCUUUGGAAAAUGUGCUGAAGUCAGAAAUCCGGGACAGCAGAUUAGAGCUCAAGAAACAGAUGGAAAAGAGCUGGAAGGAGUACGACAUCAAAAUAGGGAAGUUGGAGAAGGAGAGGAAGGAGAAGACCAGGCAGCUGGGGCUGAUCAGGAUGGAGGGAUCAGACGGAGUGGAGGACAUGGAGAGAGAGAGAAGGACCUUCCAGCUGCAAAUGUGUGAGUAUCUUUUGAAGAUCCAGGAGUUAAAGGUGCGUCAGGGCCCUGAUCUUCUCCAGAGCCUCAUCAAAUAUUUCCAGGCCCAGCUCAGUUUCUUUCAGGACGGGCUGAAAGCUGCGGAGAAUCUCGCUCCGUUUAUCGAGAAGCUUGCUGCGUCUGUUCAUACGGUGCGUCUGGACCAGGACGAGGAGGUCAAACAACUCACUCAGUUGAGGGAUUCUCUCAGAUUACUUCUGGGAGAGGCGAAAGAGGAGUAUAUGAACAGGAAAAACUCUGGCAACGGAUAUAGCAUUCACCAACCACAGGGCAACAAGAAGUAUGGGACGGAGAAGUCUGGCUUCCUGCUCAAGAAGAGUGAUGGGAUCAGGAAGGUAUGGCAGAAGAGAAAGUGCGGAGUGAAAUUUGGCUGCUUGACUAUUUCCCACAGUACGAUCAACCGACCGCCAGCCAAGUUGAACCUACUGACCUGUCAGGUGCGACCAAACCCAGAGGACAGGAGGACCUUUGACCUGGUUACUCAUAAUCGGACAUACCAUUUCCAGGCAGAAGACGAGCAGGAAUGUGUGAUUUGGGUGUCAGUGCUGCAGAACAGUAAAGAGGAGGCCCUGAACACAGCGUUGGGAGGAGACCAGCUCCACCUCCAGGACAGCGGGCUCCAGGAACUCUCCCGAGCCAUAAUCGCCGAGCUUCGACACAUGCCUGGCAACGAGGCCUGCGCUGACUGUGGAGCUCCAGAUCCAACAUGGCUGUCGACCAAUUUAGGCAUCCUGACCUGUAUAGAGUGCUCUGGCAUCCACAGAGAGCUGGGUGUCCACUACUCCAGGAUCCAGUCACUCACUCUCGACCUGCUGAGCACCUCUGAGCUUCUGCUGGCUGUUAGUAUUGGAAACACUCGAUUCAAUGACAUCAUGGAGGCGGGCCUUCCGAAUGACUCUGUAAAACCAUUACCACAAAGUGACAUGAAUGCCAGAAAGGAGUACAUUGUGGCAAAGUAUGCUGAGCGUCGCUAUGUAGUGCGCAGAGAAGAAGCAGAUCCUGGCCGGUUGUAUGAUGCUGUGAGGAGUCGUGACCUCACUUCUCUUCUCCAGCUCUACGCCGAGGGUGCCGACCUGGCCAAACCACUCACACUGCCUGACGGACAGGGGAUCAGAGAGACAGCUCUCCAUCUUGCUGUGCGUCUGGAGGAAAGAAGCUCCCUGGCGCUGGUGGAUUUCCUCUGCCAGAACAGCAACUGUCUGGAGAAGAGAACAGCAGAAGGAAACACAGCUGUUCACUACAGCGUCCUGCAUCACAAGCCAGAGUCUCUUAAGUUACUGCUUAAAGCAAAGGCAGCCUUACAAACAGUGAACUCUGCAGGAGAGACCGCCCUUGACGUCGCCCGUAGGCUACAGCACACGCAGUGUACCGAGCUGUUGGAGCUGGCCCAGAGUGGGAAGUUUAACUCUCAGAUCCACGUGGAGUUCACAUGGGAGACACAGCCUCAAGAGUUUUAUGACAGUGAAGAUGACCUGGAUGAGAGGGUGAGCCCUUUGCCCAAAAACCGUUCGCCUCUGUCCUCAAAUGGAGGUGGUGGAUCUUCUUUUGCCCGCUGGAGUGUGGCCAAUGGUGCCAACGGGGGUCCUGGAAGCAGGCCUUGUCAAACAUAUGAGAAUCUAGAUUUCUUAUACAGAAAUCCCCCAGCCCACAGCGCCCCCUCUGGAGCAUUGACACCACCACCACUACCAGCUAAAUGCAUCCAAAGAGGACGCUCUGACCCCCAGAUUUCGGUCACAACGCAGGAAGGCAACCCGAUUCCACGACGCUGCUCGGCCUCACACUCCUCCAGUCCCCAGACGCAGGCCAGACAUAGCUCGCCUUCAGCCAACACAGAAAACCAAGGCCAAGUGGGCAGACCACCCCGGUCUCCCCACGGACAGGGUGGUCUGCUCAGAGGGCAGAAACAGACCUGGGAGAGCCAGUCUGGUGCUAGCUCUGGAUCUCAAAGUAGUGUCACACCAGCGUCCUCUCAGAACCACAUAGGGCCUGUCAGUUCAGAGAAGACCACAUCCUAUCGUCGGACCAGCAGUGGAGGAGGCAGCCAGGGAAAGUGCAGUGUGUUGUCUCCAAGUUGUGUGGGCAGCCAGGAGGAACUGUACUGCAGCUUAGUGGGGAAUAGUCCAGGCCUCACCCCAGCUCCGGCACCAGCACAGUCAUCCUCACCUACCGUGACCUGUGCCCCACGACCCCGCAGGAACGCUAUGGUUUCUGGCAGCAGGCCACACCAGAAGCGUGUCAAGGCUUUAGUGGACUGCAGAGCAGUCAGUUCUGAGCAGCUUGCCUUUUUCAAAGAUGAGAUUAUUGUGGUCACGGCCAGUCAUGACCCCCACUGGUGGGUUGGUCACAUAGAGGGGGAUCCAUGCAGGAAUGGGACCUUUCCUGUCAACUAUGUACAUAAACUCACAGACUGAAGGGACGUGGAAAUAUAAAAGAACUGUAUGAUAACAUCAUAGAGGAACUGAACCAGCAUGGGAUGCUUACUGGAAACUCUAUCGUCACCACACAGUGGAUUUUAUCUACAGGAAAAUGACAGUUUUGUUCUCCUGGAUCUAACUCAAACUAGAGGGUUUGAGUACCCUGCGAAUAUUUCCACAUGAGGAUAUUCUAACCAAAGGACACAUGAGGAUAUAAAUGGAACUGUUUUAGGCAUUUUUACCCUUUAAUAUUUACCCAUCCUGAAAACCAACAAGGGAACUGAAGGCUUUUAUAGCCUCAAAAAACUCAUUCCAAGGCCAGUAUUUGCUCCCAUGGUCUGUUCUUAGUUUUUUUUAAUUGCAUCAAAUUUCUCCAGUUGUCUAAAACCAUGAACUACUAUUAAUAGGUACGGAUGCAUUUGUGGUUGAGGUAGAAACUGCUCUAAUGUCCAUUUAUCUAUUAAUGACUCAUUUUAUUGCAGAUGUCUAAGUUGUCCAUAAUGAUCUAGGAUCUGUACCUAGAGGCAAAACUUACCUGCAGGGCAAAACCCUUUAAGGCACUUUAAACUCAUUGAGAAAAAAAAUCUUCUGAAGAGUUGGCAGAGCUAUACAUGUGUACUUAGCCAGCUGCUGUAUGGGGACGGAGCUACUCUUUGUUCUUAACGGAAACUUUCUAGUCUUUUUAAAUCACCGUAUACUAAGACUUGGAUUUGAGGUUCAAACCUGCCCAGUGUGUGUUGCAGCCUGCCCUGGGACUCUCAAAGGGGCUUUGUGCCUGCCAGUCUGUCUCCAACAAAGUGGCAGGCGUCUGGGCAGCCAGGGGAGAGAUCUGAAACUUUAGCUUAGCCAUCUUGGCUCUGGGCAGAGCUUUCUGACUGCAAGGAGGGUGGAGGAUCCAGUUUCUUCUGGCUCCAGGCGUCUGUCUCUGGAGAACCUGAAAUAACGACCAUGUGUUAUAAAAGAAAAAAAAAGACUGUUCUACCACGAAAUGGCACUUGAAGAGAGCUUGUUAGUAACAGCACCCCUCUGCAGUAAUUUGUUCACUGAACACACAGUUACUGUGGAGACGUGCGUAUCACCAGAUAUACACAAGCACACUUGCACUUACUUUACUACGAUUUAGGAUCCUUUAGGGGAGAAAGGAGAGUUAGGAGUGGGAGAGGUGUAACUUUUUAUACUCGUAACGAAUACCAAAAUGUAACACAUUUCACAGCUAUUACACAUAAUUUGUUGUACAUACUUGUCUAAAAAGGUUCACUGUAUAUAUCACCUGUUUUCUCAUCUGCAUUAUAAAGGAUUGUAUCAUCACAGAUAGUGUUACUUCAUGUUGAUAAUUUGAUGUCGGUUUCAUUAGUUGUCCAAAUGACUGUGAGAGAGGAAAAAAGGGAAUAGACACAGUUGCAUAAUCAGUAUUCAGUGGUGGGUAAAGGUGGGCAUGAAGCAGAUGUUCACUUCCUUUUAAUCAUUCCUGAGUUUAAACAAAACUGGUGAGUCUGUUUGCUCAUGCCGUUUUCUGCCGAUAUCGUCUUGUUACAGUGUUGAACAAAUCACGAGACAGGCGUGUUAUCAGAUAAUUGUGGAGCAGAGGGUGACUGCACGUAGGAACUGUAAACAAUAGUAAAUUAACUCAUUUCAGUCAGUAUAUUUGUAACAUACACAUAAGAGGUGUUUAAUAAAGUGCCAUUCAGUUUUAUAGUG